AUGGUAAAAAAUCUUGAAAAGAAAACCGAGUCCAUUCAACAACAAAAAUUGGGUAAUCGAGGCAACAAAAAACUUAGAGAUGCGAAACUAAAAGCAGUAGGAGCUCCUUGCUUUAGAGAAGGGAAUAAUCCAUACUGCAAAGUAUGCAAAGACGGUGGAAGUCUAAUAAUGUGCGGGCACUGCUCUAGGUCUUAUCACUUACAUUGUGCCAAUAUGCAGGAACAGGAUAUUCCAGCGGGAACUUGAUUUUGUCCGUAUUGUGUCCAGUUUAUGGAGAAGAAGCUCAAAGAUGAGUACACAAAAUUAGAAAAAAGCGAGAAACAUCAUAAGGAAUCAAAACUCAAGCAUUUUUCAGGAAAAGUGAAUAUUGAGCAAAACGAUAUAACAGUGCGGUGGUUUGAAAAGAAGUAUCCAGAAUAUGUGAAACAGGGUAAAAUACAGUACCCAAUUGCAGAUGAGCUAAUUCAAAAAGAAUGCGAACUGUCCCAAACCCCUUUGCCGCCUCCACUCCCGCUACCUCAACCUAUUUACCCUAUUGAAGAUGUUGGGGACUUGUUCUUUAUUGUCGACUUCGUAUACAAUUUUGGGAAAAUGCUAAAAGUUACCCCAUUCACUGUAGAUCAGCUAUUUUAUGCUGCAAAUUCAAAUUCCCAAACUCCACUUAUCAAAGAACUUCAUAUGGCUCUUAUCAGUUUUCUUAUUGGGCAUGUUUUAUCAAGAGAAAACACUUACGAAAUCCUAAAUGAAGAUAGCAGAUUUUUAUAUUCAGCCGCACAAUUAUCUGAAUUUUUUGAAUUAAAUGAAUUUUUGCCCUUUUCCUGGCUUCCACUAUUAGAUGAACUCAUACAUCUUCCGAUUUUCAAGGACUACGCAGACGAACGUAUAAUGGAUUUGUUUUUUUCUGAUCAAAAUAAAUCUGACUUAGAAACAAAUUACUUCAAAUGCAGCUAUAAAGAAAAAAUCGGGGUUAUUCUGCUGCUUAUUAACUGCUUAUUUGAUGUAAAAGAAAUGCAUGAAGAGCUCGCUAGAAGAUUAGAAGCAAAAGGCGAACUAAUUAAACAAAAAACCAAGCUAAAUGCGACUAUAAAAGAUAAUGAAGCAACGCUACCUGAAAUAAAUGGGCUUGCUGCUACAAGAAAAGCAGCAAGUAUAGCAGAAAAAAUUCAAAAAACACAAAAUAAAAUAGAAGAGCUAAACAGGAAACUUGAAUCAAUUCGCUUAAGAACAAAUCCAGUUGGCCUAGAUAGAGAUUAUAAUGAGUACUAUAUCUUUGAAUGGGAUCCUAAAAAUUUGUAUGUAAAAAUGAUUAGCCCAAUUGAAGAAAACUCUUCAGUUAAGACUAAAGAGUCAGGGCAUUGGUAUAGCUAUACUCGGUCUAGCAGCCUUGACCAAUUGCUUCAAUGCUUAUGCCCAAAAGGCAUUAGAGAACAUAAAUUAAUCGAAGGAAUCAAUAAGGGCAAAAGGAAGCUUAAACUUAUCAAUGGAGACGAUUCUUCUACUUCUAGUGAAGAUAUAAAACCUCAGUCUAAAGGAGGAGCUGAAAAUUAUGUAAAUAAAGAAAGCAGCUUUAAAAAUGAAGACUGCACAAUUGAAAUAUUAAAGAAAAUGCUUUUAAGUAUAGAAAAGAAGUUCACAAGGCAUCUAAAAAAAAGUGGAAAAUUAUGGGAAAAUUAUGAAAGAGUUGAAGAGUGAAAAGAAGAAGUCAGUAAAGCUGAAGAUCCUUCAGCUCUUGCAAGUUUAUUGCUAGAGCAUUCGCAGAAGUCAACUUCUCCUUUGAAAUUGAGCUCUUCUUCUAGUGAUCAAAGCCAAGAUUCUGACGAAGAGCAAGUAUAUACAAAAAAGUAUCGUAAAGUCACUAUUAGAAUAUGGCAGGAUUUUGGGGAUUAUUAUCAGCUAUGGGAAAACCUCACGCAGUCAAUUACAACGUUAGGACAAUUAGCCUUGGUCAUUGGGAUUUAUCAAAAGGUACUUAAUUUGUAUAUUGAAAAAAAGAAUGAAGCAGCAAGUAAUGAGGCAGAAGUAAAGAAAAAAGCGAAGCAAGAAGAAAAGAGGGUUUUAAGAUCUGAAGUUAAAAAUGUUGAUGUUGAAAGCAGCAAUUCGGAAGAAGAUAUUAAGCAUGGAGAUAGCUGUUAUUUUUGUGAUGAUGGUGGAAGAUUAAUUUGCUGUGAGACAUGCCCAAAAGUUGUUCAUCCUGAAUGCUUAGGGCUUACUAAAGUGCCAAAAGAAGAUUGGUACUGCGAUGAAUGCAAAUAUAAGCAGCAAAAUGUGCCUCAAACAAGACUGAAAUCAAGGCUAAGAAAAAAUAUCCAAAAUUAA